AUGGCGGGACAAAACCAACCAUACGAACGUUUAGCUACGUCCGAUAAUAAUAUGCCAAUAAACCCUCCAAAUUAUGAUGAUUUGAAUGCAGAUGAUACAUUCAGUCAAGGACAGAGUAGAAACACCUCGCAUGUUCCCAUAGAGGAGUUUGAAAUUGAUGACGACGAGACGUUUGAACCGUUACAAAGAGAGGGUUUUCUAGUACGGGCAUCGCUUAUAACAAAGAAAUUUGCUUAUAACUUCAAUAGCAGUGUUAUUCGCCCAGUGACAAAGAUAAUUGAUCCGAUAUACGAAGGCUAUAAGUAUUUCCAACUGCAAUACGAAAGAUCUAUUCUAAAACUCGGAAACCCUCUAGUGGUAAAGAGACUCCUCUAUGUAUUUUUCGUGAUGUGUUUUAUAUUUAUUAUUACUAAAUACAAUGUCAGCGAUGGUGUGAAUGGUGCCAGUGGCGGUGCCUUUCUGUCCGGGAAAUUUUAUGAUAUUAACAAGUUGAGUGAAUCUUUGAAAGAUUUUAUUGAUCCACGGACUAUGAAACUAAAUCUAGAGUAUCUUUCAUCAAUGCCCCACAUUGCUGGUUCGAAAGGGGAUCUUGCAUUAAGUAAAUUCAUUGAAGGUCAUAUGAUGAAUAAUGGUAUUAAUGUCAUUGAUUUCAAUGAACUUCAAAGUUUUACAAAUUAUCCGGUUUUCGAACCAAAAGAAAAUUACGUCAAAUUAUCAGAUAAUUCCUACGAGGCAACUCUUUUUGAGCGUAAAAAUCAUGAUAUGGAAUAUUUGGCAUAUAACCCAAACUCUUUGAAAAUGAAUGAUGAAAUUGAAAGCUUUUAUAUAUACGCUAAUUAUGGGACCCAAGAGGACUAUAGAAAAUUAAAAGAUUCCCACAUUAAACUAAAUGGUGCCAUAUUUUUGGUAAAAUAUGGUGGUUCUAUCCCAGAACCGAAUAAGAUACAAAUUGCUCAGCAACAUGGGGCUAAGGCUGUUGUAUUUGUUACUCCAAAGUAUGAUAUCAACGGGGUGAGUUAUGAUGACGUUAUCAUAAAGGAAAACAUGGGCCUUACGAGAAUGAGUCCUGGUGAUGUACUUACACCUGGGUGGCCGGCACAAGAUGGUUUUGUUGCUAGACUUCCUUGGUCAAAAUCUCCAAUCACCCCUAAAAUCCCUUGCAUCCCCAUCUCUUGGAAAGAUGCAUCCGAGUUUAUUAAAAAGUUGGGCUCAAACGGAGUCAAGUUUGAUGACGACUUAUACUCUGGAACUAAAUCAGAUGAACAUAAACUUAAAAUUAGAAUUAAAAAUGAAGAGAGACCUAUGCAUCAAAUAUGGAACAUAGUUGGCUCCAUCCCUGGGCGUGAGCAAUCAGAGAAAGGGGUUAUAAUUGGUGCCAGUAGAGAUUCAACUUGUUAUGGUACCUUAUCAUCAGGUACUGGUUCCACUGUUUUACUCGAAAUUGUGAAAGUUUUCACUUCUUUACAACGUAGAUACAAUUGGUCCCCAGCAAGAACAAUCUACUUUGUAUCUUUUGACGCCACUGAAUAUAACUUAGCUGGAUCUGAAGAAUGGAUUGAAAAUAAAAAGGAAGAAUUAAAGCAACAAGGUUAUGCAUACAUUGAUUUAAGUGAUGCUGUUUCCGGUGAUGAAUUAAAAAUUUCUUCAAAUCCAUUCUUCCACUCUAUUAUAAAAGACGCUUUAGCGAAAGUAGAUAAACCAGAUGAAAAAGAAUCCAAAGAACACAUAUCCUUAUUUGAUUACUAUAGAAACAUAAAUAAUGGAAAUGAUGCAAUUCCUAAUAAUAUGAUUGAGCAAAAAAAUUACGUACCAUUCAUUAAUACAGUCAAUAUUCCAUCAAUGGAAAUUAAAUUUACUGGAGGCAAAUAUCCUAAGAAUUCCUGCUACGAUGACUUUACAAAUUUUGAAAAGUCGAGAAUUGAUCCAUCUAUGUUUAAACAUAAACAAUUAGUCGAAUUACUUUCAAGAAUUAUUUUAACUUUGGCAGAAGAACCAAUCAUACCUUAUAAUUUCAAUGAUUUUGGCCUCAAGUUGGGUGAAUAUGUAAACGACUUGGAAAAAUUUGUCAAUGAUAGAAUUGCUACCCUUACUCAGCCAAACAUUCCUCAAAUUCACUACGAAGGCUUGAGAAGAGCAAUCGACAAUCUAAAAGCAGCUGGUAAAAGUUUCCACGAGUGGGUUGAAAAUUGGAAGAAAUUUGUUGCUGAAUCGGCUGAGAUUGAGCCUUCAUUACUUGCUAUGAAUAGGUGGAACUGGAAUGACAACAUGCUAAUAUUUAACUCGAAGUUUUUAAUUCAAGAUGUUCAACCAAAACGUUCAGGUUAUACUAAUAUAUUAUUCGGACCAGCUUUCGACGCCCCCCCAGCGGAUGAUCACAAAUAUGAAUGGAAUACUUUUCCUGCUAUUAGGGAUUAUAUUUUACAAAACGACUGGGGUAGGGCCCAGCAUGAAAUGAACCUUAUGGCCAAUCUUAUAAGUGAUAGUGCACAAAUGUUCAUACAACAAAAUUAA